AUGAUGUUGCAGAGUUUGAUGAUGAUGGUGUUGUCAGUUUUGGUUUUUCUUAUGUGGGUUCAGGUGGAUUUAGCACAAGGUGGCCAUGAUCAUGAUCAUGUUAGGAAUUACAUUAGUUGGGAAGAUUUGAAGGUGGGUGAGCAAAGUUUGGCAUUGGAAACCAACAAUGAUGUUAGAGUUAUCAUGGUUGAUCAGCAUGGAAAUGGUCAUUCAAAAACUGUUCAAGGUGCUGUGGAUAUGGUUCCAGAUCAGAACAGACAGAGGGUCAAAAUAUACAUUUUUCCUGGAAUUUACAGAGAAAAAGUGCUUGUGCCAAGCACCAAGCCUUAUAUAUCAUUUAUAGGUCAAAAAAAUCAAACAACAAGUGCUAUAAUUACUUGGAAUAGCAAAUCAUCAGAUAGAGGUCCAAAUGGCCAAGCAUUGGGCACCUAUGACUCAGCAACUGUAGUAGUAGCAUCAGAUUAUUUCUGUGCAACUAAGAUCACUUUUGAGAACACAGUGGUUGCAGCUCCUGGUGAAAAUGGAAUGCAAGCAGUGGCACUGAGGGUGGACAGCAACAGGGCCAUGUUUUAUAAAGUUAGGAUAAAGGGAACACAGGACACACUCUUAGACAACACAGGAACACAUUACUUCUACAAGUGUAGAAUCUUUGGAGAAGUUGAUUUUAUCUUUGGCAAUGCAAAGUCACUCUAUGAGAAAUGUCGCCUUGAGUCAAUAGCUAAGAACUAUGGAGCAAUUGCAGCACAUCACAGGGAUUCACCACAUGAAGAUACAGGUUUUUCUUUUGUAGGAUGCAAUAUCAGAGGAAGUGGAAGUGUGUACCUUGGAAGGGCAUGGGGGGACUACUCAAGAAUAAUAUACUCACAUUGUAAAAUGGAUGAUAUUAUCAAUCCUGAAGGAUGGUCAGAAUGGGAUCAUCCAGAAAGAAAGAAAACUGCAGUGUUUGGUGAGUAUCAGUGCAAUGGAAGAGGAGCAGAUAGAAGAAAUAGAGUGCCUUGGUCAAAAUCAUUCAGAUAUGUGGAAGCAAGGCCCUUCUUGGACAAGAGUUUCAUAAAUGGAGACAUGUGGCUCAGACUGUAGCGUUAUUACCUUGCAUCAGUUCAGUGACUGUAGCGUUAUUACCUUCCAUUGUUUCAUUGGUCACGUUCAGUGACUUGCAUCAACUCAUUGGAUGCUUUGCUUGCAAAUCCCCACUUGAAACUAGUAAGAGAAUUUUUUUUGCUUGUAUAUGUGGUUAGUGGGGUGUAAGGAGACCCAGAUGCUCAAUCUGUAUCAUGAUCAUCAAUCAUAAUGAAUUGGAACGUGCU